AACAUAGGGCCGGCUCCACUUCCGUUUCCGGGUCGCGGCAAAAGCUCGGGGCGAAGUGAGGAGGGGGGAGGAAAGAGUCGCUUGUAGCCGGAGUCGCCGCCAUCGUCCUCGCUAUGCCCAAAGGAGGAAGGAAAGGAGGCCACAAAGGCCGGGCACGGCAGUACACAAGCCCCGAGGAGAUUGAUGCACAGCUCCAAGCAGAGAAACAGAAGGCCAAGGAGGAGGAGGAACAAGAGGAAGGUGGUGAUGGGGCAACAGGCGAACCCAAAAAGAAGGAGAAAUCACUAGAUUCAGAUGAGAGCGAAGAAGAGGACGAGGACGAUGAAGACUACCAGCCAAAGCACAAAGGCGUGGAAGGCAUGAUAGACAUAGAGAAUCCCAACCGCGUUGCACAGACAGCCAAAAAAGUAACUCAGAUAGAUAUGGAGAGCCCCAGGGAACUGUCACGAAGAGAACGGGAAGAGAUCGAGAAACAGAAGGCGAAAGAGAGGUACAUGAAGAUGCACCUCGCUGGGAAGACAGAGCAGGCCAAGGCAGACCUCGCUCGACUAGCCAUCAUCCGGAAACAGAGGGAAGAGGCAGCCAAAAAGAAAGAGGAAGAAAGGAAAGCUAAAGACGAAGCAUCCUCAGCAGGCAAAAGACUGCAGUCCAUGUCCCUUAACAAGUAAGCGCCAGCCACAGGAGAGGAGGGAAACGUCCCAGGAACUGUGCCUGGCUGGCGCCUGCUGGCCACUCUUUCAGGCUUCACACACACAGGAGGCGAUGCUGCAGCGUGAAGAGCACGGCCGGCGUCCUCUUCCCUCCUAAGAGACACUUGGCAGCAGCGUGUUCGUCUUCAUCUGGGCACAGAAUUC